AUGGUUCGCAAGGAACUCAUGCAAGGAGGGAAGGUGGUGAUGUUUGAUUCAACCCCCUUGUCAACCCCCUUUUCAAAAGCACCUUCUUCAACACUCUUCAACCCCAUCUACUCCACCUGUCUCACCACAGUGUUACGCACGCACAUUCCUGUUGGUGCCCGCCCUGUUCUCAAAGCCGGCGGAGCCGCGCAAGGCGGAACGGCGCAAGGCGGAGCUCGUCGUUCGUGGCGGUGCGGUCGACAUCACAUUGCGGCAGCUGCUGGCGGUGCGUUCGAGGCGCUGCGCGUGCUGCUCACGGCCCCUCUCACGCGCGACAAGGCCCCGCUCACGCUCGACAAGGCCCCGCUCAAGCGCGACAAGCUCCGCGAGUACCCCGCCGCACCCCAACGCCAACCGCACUCAUCCGCACCAACGCCAACCGCGCUGCCCUGCAGGUCACACCCCCGAUGGCUGCCAGGGAGGGACAGGGGGAUGGGGAUUGGAGGGAUGGGGGGAGAGGCUUGA